AGCAAGAUGAUGAUGCAAACAUAAAGGUCGGGUGGGAAAGGCUGUGUGAAAAUGGGAAUCCCCCAGAGCGGGAGGAUGUAAAGCAGCAAGUCCUGUAUCCGUCUCAAAUUACCAUGAAAUCCCAUCUCCUGGAAUCCCCCAUCAGCAAGUGUCCGCUGUACCUGGCCUGCUACCACCUAAAGACUGAGCGCGGCCAGCGGGACUGGGAAAGGCAGGGCGAUGCUGGCAGUGAAGGACGGAGUCUCAGUCUGUCACCUAGGCUGGAGUGCCGUGGCGCGAUCUCGGCUCACUGCAACCUCCGCCUCCUGGGUUCUCCUGAGGCAAUUAUCUGCCUCAGCCUCAAAAGUACCUGGGAUUACAGGUGCCCUCCACCAAGCCCAGCUCAUUUUUGUAUUUUUAGUAGAGACAGGGUUUCACCAUCUUGGUCAGGCUGGUCUUGAAUUCCUGACCUCAAGUGAUCCACCCACCUUGGCUUCCCAAGGUGUUAGGAUUACAGGUGUUAGCCACUGUGCCCGGCCAACUUGACAUAACUUUUAAAAAUGGAUUGCCAAGAUGAGGUGAACUGUGGGCUUCAUCUGGUUAUUCAAACAUCAUCGCUUCCUGAAAAAAACAAAGUUGAAUUCAAGCUAAAUAAAGACACAUCGUCAUUCCCCGGUAGACUUUUACAACAUGACCUUGAAAGAAACUACUCAAGUAGGCAAGGUGAUCAUAUUAAUUUGGUGAGCUCAUCAUUGUCAUCAUUUCCUAUUCUUCAACGUUCUUCUGAAGAGAAAAUUCUUUACUCAGACAGGUUGAGCCUAGAAAGACAAAAGCUGACCGUAUGUCCUAUCAUCAAUGGGGAAGACCACCUUCGUUUGUUGAACUUUCAACACAAUUUUAUAACUCGGAUACAAAAUAUUUCUAAUCUACAGAAGUUAAUAUCAUUGGAUUUAUAUGAUAACCAGAUUGAAGAAAUCAGUGGGCUUUCUACUCUGAGAUGCCUUCGUGUCCUUCUGUUGGGGAAAAACAGAAUCAAGAAAAUCUCAAAUCUGGAGAAUCUAAAAAGCUUAGAUGUCUUGGAUCUUCAUGGAAAUCAGAUUACCAAAAUUGAAAAUAUUAAUCAUUUGUGUGAGUUGAGAGUUUUAAAUCUUGCUAGGAACUUUUUAAGUCACGUUGAUAAUCUUAAUGGGCUGGAUUCAUUAACUGAACUGAACUUGCGACACAAUCAAAUCACUUUUGUGAGAGAUGUGGAUAAUUUGCCCUGCCUCCAACAUCUCUUUCUCAGCUUCAACAAUAUAUCUAGUUUUGACAGUGUUUCUUGCCUUGCUGACUCUUCUUCCCUCUCUGACAUCACCUUUGAUGGCAAUCCCAUAGCUCAAGAGUCAUGGUACAAACACACUGUCCUUCAGAAUAUGAUGCAGCUGCGCCAGCUAGAUAUGAAGAGAAUCACGGAAGAAGAAAGGCGUAUGGCAUCUGUUUUAGCCAAAAAAGAGGAAGAGAAGAAGCGGGAAAGUCAUAAACAAUCUUUGCUUAAGGAGAAGAAAAGGUUAACAAUUAACAACGUAGCUCGACAGUGGGACUUGCAACAACAACGAGUAGCCAAUAUUGCUACAAAUGAAGAUAGAAAAGAUUCUGACUCUGCUCAGGAUCCCUGUCAGAUUGAUGGAAGCACCCUCUCUGCAUUCCCAGAGGAAACAGGGCCUCUAGACUCAGGACUCAACAAUGCUUUACAAGGUUUAUCUGUCAUAGACACAUACCUUGUUGAAGUGGAUGGGGAUACACUUUCCCUAUACGGCUCAGGAGCACUGGAGUCUCUGGAUAGGAAUUGGAGUGUUCAAACGGCAGGAAUGAUCACAACUGUCUCCUUCACUUUCAUAGAAUUUGAUGAAAUCGUCCAUGUGCUUCCUAAACUGAAGAUUAAGUUUCCUAAUUCUCUGCACCUUAAAUUCAAGGAAACCAAUCUUGUAAUGCUGCAGCAAUUUAAUGCACUAGCACAACUCCGUCGUGUUGACCAGUUGACAAUUGAUCCUCAAGGAAAUCCAGUUGUCAAUUUUACACUCUGGAAAUACUAUGUACUGUUUAGGCUAAGCCAUUUUAGUAUGCAGAAAAUAAAUGGAACAGAGGUGACACAGAAUGAUAUGAUAAUGGCUGAAAGGCUCUUUGGAAUCCUAGCACAUGUAGCAUCUUCUGAGUUACCCCAGUAUCGUCUGAUUUCCAUUCUGGGUGAUGCCAGGUAA